AUGGCUCGCCUCUACAGCCGAUCCUUGCUCCGCGCAUCUAUACCGCUGCUAAUGAACCCUGGACAGCAACGCGACGCAGUGCAGUUAGCGCCAGCGGGUGAAGCUCUUUAUGUCAAGAGCGGUCUUCACCACACCACUUUGACUAACCGGAAGUAUCAGAGUCUGCCGCGGCGACUCUCUGAUCAGAGCAAAACGUACUCUGCUGCUACAGUUGACAUGGACCCGAGCAUAGUAGAUCUCCCACCUCCGCGGAAGACAAGGAAUGAUUUCCACAUCGCCAUAAUCUGCGCGCUGCCUCUCGAAGGAGAUACCAUCGAGGAUCUCUUCGACCACCACUACAUCACCGACGGGUACACACCACACGAAUGGACACGAGAGGCCGCAGGAGAUCCAAACGCGUAUUCGUCUCGUACAAUGGGCGCACACAACAUUGUCCUAGCAUACAUGCCGGGAAUGGGCAAGAGCCACGGUGCGGCGGUAGCGGCUUUCUGCAGGUCCAGUUUCCCCAACAUCAAGAUGGCCCUUGUUGUUAGCAUAUGUGGAGGCACGCCGAAUACCCCAGAAGGGCGUGAGGUUCGACUGGGCGACGUUAUCAUCAGCAACGGAGUCGUGCAGCAUGACUGUGUGCGAAGACACGGAGAGGGUGUCCUUGUGCCAAAGGACACGCUGUUGGAUAAUCUCGGGCGACCAAGUAUGGAGGUCCGGGCGCUGUUGGCGCAGCUCGUUAGGCAGCGGAGGAAGCGGAUUAGCGAUAGGCUGCUUGAGCAUCUUGGGGUUGUGGUGGGCAAGUUGGGGACCGAGUCCGGGUAUCCCAUGGAGCGCGGGGCUGGCUGGCUGACAGAGGAAGCUCAUGAGCCGGCUAUUCAUAUUGGACUGGUAGCCUCUGGUGACCAGGUGAUGCGAUCUGCGGAGGUCAGGGACAGGAUUUUUAGAGAGAAAGGGGUGAUUGCAUUUGAAAUGGAGGGUUCUGGUGUAUGGAUACAUUUUCUAGCUGUCUUGUUAUCAAGGGAGUUGCUGAUUAUGCCGACUCCUACAAGAACAAGAAGUGGCAAACUCAUGCGGCGGCUACUGCUGCGUCGUGUACGAAAGCUCUUUUGGAGCUUUGGGCUUGGUCAAUAA